CAAAGUGAAAAUGCGUGACAAAUUGAAGCUUAGCCCUUAGUGCAGGGACUAAUGCACAAUAUUGGGAUUGUACAGGGACUGCCGAUAAAUUUUACCCCUUUUGUUAGCGCCCCAUCUUCGAACCGUUCGACGAAAUGCCCAGCCCAAGCAAAUGGGCUUCUCCUUGAUCUCCUCCACUUCCUAUGCAAACCUCUGCUCACACUCUCCUCAAAUUCCUCACCCUUUCCCCUCUCCACUCCAAACCCUACCAAACCCAUCUCCACAACCUCUUCCUCCCCAACUCCACCCUCUCCUCUCUCGCUAAAAACCCUACCUUUAAUACCUCGCACCAAUUCUUCCACCUGUUGCGCCGAACCUGCUCGUGGAAAAGCCUCAGAGAGCUCCACGGCGCCCUCCUAGUGUCGGGGCUCAUCAAAGAUCACUCCUUUGUCGUAGAAACCGUCCAUAAAUAUCUCACCUUUGGUUGCCCCGCGCUUGCAUUGUCUACGUAUAACACCGCCCAUAAUCCGACUCUGUACUUGCAAAACCUGGUGAUUAGAUGCUUUUCGGAACAUGGGUUCUAUCAUGAGUUGCUUGGUCUUUAUGGUCGAUCACGGAUUCGGUCGGAUAAUUUUACCUUUCCUUUGGUUAUCAAGGCUUGCGCCGCGAUUUGUAGCCUUCGAGCGGGAAAAGAGGUUCAUUGCAUGGUUCUGCGAAGUGGGUAUGGCGGCAAUGUGGGAAUUCAAACUGCUCUUGUUGAUAUGUACGCGAAGACCGGUCAAAUUGAAGCAUCAAGGAAGGUGUUUGAUCAAAUGCCUAACAGAGACUUGGUUUCGUGGAAUGCGAUGAUUUUGGGGUAUUCUUCAAAUGGGUUUGGUCGAGAAGCUUUUGAAGCUAUGCGGGGGAUGCAGCUUGACGGUUUUAAGCCGAAUUCAGGCACUUUUAUCAGCAUUGUUCCUAUUUGUUCUAGUUCCGGAUCGCUGGAUGUUGGCGAGUCGUUGCAUGGGUUUGCUCUUAAAUGUGGGGCACUAAAUGAUGAGGCUUUAUUGCCUACUUUAAUCUCAAUGUAUGCUGGAUUUCAUAAUCUAUCCUCUGCUAGAUUGUUAUUUGACAUGCAGCACACGAAAGAUUUUGUGGCGUGGAAUGCAAUGCUCUCGGCCUAUGCCCAGAACAGGAAAUCGGAAAAAGCCCUUGAGGUUCUCAAGAUGAUGCAUCAUGAGGGUAUUAGGCCUAAUCUGAUUACAUUUGUGUCCGUUCUUCCUUCUUGCCACAAUCUCUUCAGCAUUCAUUUGAGUGAGUCCAUCCACGCUAUUGUGAUUAGAUUAGGGUUUGCGGACCAAGUUUCUCUUAUAGCUGCGCUUGUUUCAAUGUAUGCAAAGCUUGGGGAACUCAAUUCAGCUGAAUAUCUCUUCCAUGGGAGUCCUGAGAAAAACAUUCUCUUGUUAAACUCUAUGAUCUCUGGCUAUCUUAUAAACAAGGAAUGGAGCGCGGCGUUAUAUACAUUCCACUACAUUCAUCUCGAAGGCAUUGCCCCAGAUGCGGUUUCUCUUGUUAGUAUAGUCUCCGCAUGCAAAAGCACCAAAAACGCGCUUUUGGGUAAGUCUGUUCAUGCUUAUAGUACCAGAAAUGGAUUCGAUUCAAACCUUAACGUGGCGAAUGCUCUCUUGGCUUUAUACUCCGAUUGUGAUCAGAUCUCUGCUUCCCUUAAAUUAUUUCAGACGAUAAAAUUUAGGAAUGUUAUUUCUUGGAAUACCAUAGUAUCCGGGUUCGCCAACAUAAGGGAUGCAAAGACUUCUCUAGCAUUAUUUUGUAGUAUGCAACAAGAAGGCGUGCGAUUUGAUUUAGUUACUCUGGUCGGUCUUCUCAGUGGCUUGACCCACUUUGAAGAUCUUGUGAAUGGAAAAUCGGUCCAUUCUCUGUCAAUCAAGAGUGGGUGCGACUCCGACACCUCUCUUACGAAUGCUCUCAUAAGUAUGUAUGCCAACUGCGGUGAUAUUGGGUCUAGUCAGGUACUAUUUGAGGAUGCGCCCAUCAAAAGUAUUGUCUCUUAUAAUGCUCUGAUGACUGGAUACCGCAGGAAUAACUCAUUCGAGGAGGUCAUGGUCCUUUAUCAACAAAUGGUGAUGGACGGCCAAACACCAAACGCGGUGACCUUGCUGAAUAUAUUGCCAAUAUGUGAGAGCCAAGUACAAGGCAAGUCCAUACAUGGCUAUGCAGUUAGGAAUUUCUUCACAUCUGAGUCAACCCUUCUCACAUCAUGCAUAAACAUGUAUGCUAGGUUUGACAAUAUCAGUUACUGCCGCCUACUCUUUAAGAUGGUUGAUGAAACAAAUAUCGUAGGUUGGAACACUAUUAUCUCUGCCUUUGCCCAAAGCAACCAUUCAGAAGAAGCAUUAACUUACUUCCGAAAGAUGCUGGAGAUUGAACUGAAACCCGAUACAUAUACAAUGUUAGCGCUCUUCUCGGCGUGUUCACAGCUAAAAAGUAUGGAUAUGGCUCAAUGCCUGAUGGGUUUUACCGUACGGAAAGGAUUGAUGGAUAGCAACACUUCUGUGGCCAAUUCUCUCAUCGACAUGGUUGCGAGGUGUGGGAGCAUAUCACUCGCAAAGGAGAUCUUUGAGGGGGUAAAAGAAAAGGAUUCAAUUACUUGGAGUGUGAUGAUAAAUGCUUUUGGGAUGCAUGGAAACGGCGAAGCCGCCCUCGAUCUCUUUCACGCCAUGAAAGAAACUGGAUUGGACCCGGAUGAGAUUACUUUCAUUAGCAUUUUAUCUGCUUGUAGUCAUGCAGGUCUUGUUGAUCAUGGCAAAAUGUUAUUCAACUCGAUGUUAGAAGAUCACCAUAUAGUACCUAGGAUGGAGCAUUACGCUUGCAUGGUGGAUCUCUUCGGGCGAACAGGGCACUUGGAUGAAGCUUAUGAGCUUGUUACGACGCUUCCUUUUAAGCCAUCUUCUAGCUUGUUGGAAUCUUUACUUGGAGCCUGUCAUUGCCAUGGCCAUGCUGAAAUCGGAGAAGCCGUUGGUAAGUUACUCAUCAAGUCAAAGCCCUUCUCUUCGAGUUCAUACGUGAUGCUCUCGAACAUCUAUGCGGCAGCUGGAAAAUGGGGUGAUAAUGAGAGGUUAAGGUGUGAUAUGGAUGUAAAGGGAGUGUAUAAAGAUGCGGGAGUUAGUUUAAUAAAAUCGAUAUAAUGAGUUAGAUGGGUUCACUUGCUUCGGUGAUCGAGUUCAUCGUUAGCCAAUCCUGCAUCUUUGGAGAAAGCAAAUAUCUUGUACAAAGAUAGCAUCCUGCAUCUUUGGAGAAAGCAAAUAUCUUGUACAAAGAUAGCAUUCAGUUAUCCUAUAUAUCAUCGCAUCGGCGAGGGAUGGUUGGUUCAGAGAGAUUGUAUGAACCUUUUUGUGACAAAUAGUGGUAGCUCGGAAUUUCGGAGAAUUUACCCUCUCCGAAUUGAAAUGAGACACUUGGAUUUCAUUUCAGAAGAAAUGGAAAGACCCUUCAGCCAAAUGGAGAAUGACAAUGUGUAACAGAAUGAAGCUAAUUUAUUGAUAUUUUCCUCAGUUUACUUUCUGUA